GCAGCGUUACGUUUGUGAUGCUACUUGGUGAAGAUGUAAACACUGAAAAUGUCACCUCAGGGGCUUGCCGCACUGCUCUGCAAAGAGGGGGACUGGCAUCUAGCCCAGGAGGACUUGCCAGUAGCCACCGCUUUCUACAUGGCUGCCUUCAGCUGCAGUGGCCCCAUGGCAGUACAGAAAGUGAAGUCCUUAGACAAAGAGCUCUGGGAGAAAGUGAUAGCCACCUUGGAGAUGUGGUGCAAAGGCAACAGUCAGAUUCCCAAGAUCCAGUGCAGCAACUUGGCCCCUGUGCCCCUCAGUGUGGGAACAGCUGCCAUGUUUCUCUCCACUCUAAGUCCCAACAAUGUGGUGUCCUCAGUAUAUAAACUGGAAGCCCUGCUCAGGCAAGGAUGCUCAGAGGAGGUGCUGAGUAGAUGCAGCGCUCUGCUCAAGGCUCACCCAAAGCCGUCAGUGGAGCUACUGUUGCUGAGGGCGUUGGCAUGGGUGCUGUCAGGGACACAAGCUAGGAAUGGAGUUGCAGACUAUAUCCAAGCUUUUGUGAUGCAUCGAGCUGAGGCAGUAGCCUAUGUGCAUUCCAAACAAAGGGAACACCUGCCGCAGGUCAUCCAAGCUUUCCAUAAUUAUCUCUCAACACAUCAGAAAGAAAGCACAGAUAGCAGUUCCUUGGACCAAUGGUUGGGCAACUGCUAUGACUUCCUCUCUGUACUGGCACCAAAUGAUAUCUGGGUUUGCAAGAUGCAGGCAGCUUACCUCUUUAAGAAAAGCAGAUUUGAGGAUUGUGUGGCAGUUUGUAGCAAGGCCCUCAAGGGUUUGACAGCUGAUGAGAAUCUCAGAGAUGAAGAAGCUUUGGGUCUGCUCUUGGAACGGGCUGCUGCGUAUUUCUUCUUGGGUGGACGGAUGCAGGAAAUGAUGCAGGAUUUAGUGCAAGCCUUCACAGAAACCCCUGCUCAGGCAAAGAAGCACUUUGGGGAGCUUUUCUCAUCACAUGACACUGAGAGGAUAGAAGAACAGGCUCGAACUGUCCUGGAGGUGAAGUUUGCAGCAUACAGAGAGGCUGUGCGUGCUCAGACUGAGCUCCGAGGCAAUGAUGGUACUGAACUGCUCCCUCCUGUCAUCCAGACAGUCCAGUUCCUCCUUCACAUCUCCCCAGGGUCCAAGCGUGAGCUCAGCGUCCGACUGGCAGACUGUCAGCUGCUGUGUGGACGCAUCAGAAAAGCCUUCGAUAUCUGUGACCACCUCUUGGCAGCAGAGCAGAGAACUUACUACAAUACUCUUCUAGUAUUGCGAGGAUUCUGCUCCCUCCACACUCACAACCAUCAGCAAGCCCUGGAGGACUUCCAGAAGGUUGUUGAGCAUGAUUCCCCACAUCCUAACAGCUGCAUUAAAGCCUUAUGUGGUCGUGGACUUAUCCGGAUUUCUGGUGGUAGCCAUUACUUGACAGCCCUGGAUUAUAUCACAGCUUGCCAGCUGAAGCUGGAAGAAACUGUCUUCACAGUCAAGUCCUAUGUGCCAUGGAACCAAAGAGGACUGCUGGUAAAGGUCCUCCAAGAAGAAGGACAGAAGAUGCUCCAGAAGAAGAGGGAUGCCCCUGGGGUUUACCAGCUGGCUUCUCUCUUGGUGGAGCUGGACGGUUCUGAUGAAGCAUCACGGAUCCUCUGUGCUGAUGCCCUGUACCAAAUGGGCUGGGUAGAAGAAGCUCACAAGCUCCUCUUGGUAGAUCUCUCCAAAAAUCCACAAAGGCCUCCCAUCCUGGCUAGACUUGCACUUCUGCAGUUGAAGAAAGGUUUCUUGUGUGAUGGCAACCAGCUGCUAAAGAAAGUGAUCAAAACUGGAGAUACCGCCUGCCUCCUGCCAAUCAUGGACAUUUUCAAAGACGAAGACCGGAAGUUGAUGCAAACUCACUGCCAUUUCAGAGCGCUAACCAUCUUGACGAGCAAACAGGAGGAUGCUGACAUCAAAGAGGCUGUUGCCUACCUUUCCUUUGCCAUCAUUGCAUCAGGUGGCUAUGCUGAAGAUUCCCUCCUCAUUAGGGCUCGAUGUUAUGGGCACCUUGGCCAGAAGAAAACUGCUAUUUUUGAUUUUAAUGCCAUCCUAAAGCAGGACCCUAUGAAUGUGCAAGCUCUGAGUGGACGAGGAUUCAUUUACCUUGCUCUGAAGCAGCAGAAGGAGGCAGUGCAAGAUUUGACCUUGGCGCUGAAGCUGGAAGCUGAAGUGGUGAUCCCAGCAAUCCUAUCCUUAAAGCAUGAAGCCCAAGAGUUGAUCACACAAUGGCUUCUUCAACAUGGCAGGACUGUGUUAACUGAGCUUGUUGCUACUAAAGAACCUUCAAAGGAAGAGACUGUUAGGGACCUUCUCAUGACUGCAGGAGCACUAAUUAAAAUCUGCAAGGAUGCACAGUAUCACAUCUUCUAUAUAGAUGUUUUGAUUGCAAAUGGAAGGUAUGAAGAGGCCCUUAUUCACCUUCAGGAGGCAUUUGGCCACUCUCUUGCUGAUGAAUUUGCCAGUGCAAGACUAGCUGUGCUUCAGCUGAAGAAGAGGAACAUGCCAGUGGCAGCUCACUCAUUGAGCAACCUAGCUGAGAAAGAUGAAAGGGAACUGGGGUUUCUCCUGAACUUGUUAGACCCUAACCAACAGCAGCAUCUCUCUCAGGUAGCAGCCCAAGAAGGAAAUGAGCUGAUUAAGGAAUAUCGCUAUGAGAAGGCUCUUGGUUAUUACACCCUGGCUGUCUUGUCAAGCAAAGAUAAUCCAAGAUAUCUCCGACAGAGAGCUGUUUGCUUUAUGCACUUGAAAAAAUAUGGCAGAGCUUUAAAAGACAUGGAGAAAGUGAUCCAGAAGCAUGGCUGUAACAGCCUUAAAACGCGUGUUGAUGAUCACUGCUCCAAAGGACACCUGCUAUUAUCAGUGUCAGAGGAAGAAGCAGCAGUUAAGGAGUAUACUGAGGCACUGCAGCUGGAAGAAUCUGUGGCACUGUGCAGCAUCAUGAAAGGUCCUGGCAGGGAAAUUUUAGCCGAAACAUUUCAUAAGAUUGCACAAUAUUAUUUUGAAAUGCACCGUUAUGAGGAGGCCUGGAAAAUCACAGAUUAUGGUCUCAUAGUUGAUAUAAACAGUACUGAACUUAAGAAGCUGAAAGCAAGACUUAAGCGAGAGGCAUCAGUCUGUAGCAUACAUUAAUUUAUUUGGUUUGGGCUUUUCCAGUGUCUGAUUACUUACUAGUUUGUUUGUGAGGCUGCAAGAAUAAGGGAAGGAUGAGAAGAAGCUCAUGAUAAAUAAGCAGUGGAUUACAUGUCAUUGAAUACGGCACAGCGAGACCAGAAGUAGAAAGGUUCAGGUAGUAAAACAAAACCAAAAGAGCCAUGUGAAGAGGACAGGCCAAGAAUGGUAAACUGUAUUAUUCAGUAUUUUUUAAAUUAUUAUGGGUUUACCUAAACUCCUCCUUAUGAAAUAACUGUUUUGUCUAGCUAAUCUGAACUAAUUCUAACAUUGGUUCCAAUCACAGUGAAGGGAAGUAUUCAAAUAGCUUGCAGUUUAUGAAUAAUAAUCAUGUAUCUCCUGUUAUUUCUUUGUUUUCCUUUAAUACACACUGCUCAAUUAGGUGCCCUUCUUUUUGUGAGCUAGGCAAAAAGAUCAGUCUGAAGUAUUAGGAUAUAGCAUUUUUCAUGUGUUUUAUAUGUGUGAAAUAUCAUCAGUGUUACACCAUUUAAAUAUCCCCCUUCUGAGUGGAAAGAACCACCCUUGUCAUAGUCUGUUGGAUUUGGAAUGGUCAGCACCAAUACAGGGGAGUGGUCAGUAUAAAUGCAAAGCAAAUUAUUGGUCUGUCCCAAGGACCAUAGGUGUUAUGAAGGAAGAAAUGUGACAGAGAUGAAACAUCCAGUCUUGUGACGAAUACCCUGUUAUCUGGGACACGCAGGCAGCUAUACUCCAGACUUUACAUCUGACUUCAAGAUCUCUGUGUCUCAGUUUGCCAAUGAAGAUAAUGGAAAUAAUAAUCUCUCAGUAAGGGUGUCUGCAAGAGCCUGCUAAGUGUCAUGUUUCACAGCCCUGGAUAUUCAUGGAUGAAAGGCUGCACUGGAGCAUGUACUAAUCAAGAGGGAAUCAAUGCACAAGGUAAAUGAGUAGGAGGUCAGAACUGGAUGCAGCAGCCAUGAUGGUAAUGUGAUUUCUGUGCAGUGAUUCAGCUUCCAUCCUUCACUAUCCAUGUUGGGCAGCCCUGGCAAUCAGCAUCUCACAUGCUCUCAAAGACUUUGCUUGAUAUUGCAUAAGUAGCUUCACCACCUGUAUGGACAGCUAGACUUAAAGGGAUGCACAAAGACAGUGUAGAUAUACCCAAUUUGUAUAUGUUUCUGUUUCAUCUAUGCAAUGGGAGUCUCUAGCUUGAUUUGGAAGCAGUAUGUAUAUGCUCUGUGAAAAGGAAACAAUGAAUUGGAACCCAAAACAGCAGGCUUGUAUGUUUGUUUUGACUGAAAUGGCAGCCUAAAGUGAAUUAUUCCCAGUGUUUUUGGAGUGUGAUAAAACAACCAUGGAGAAAAAUAAAAACUACUACUGAAAACAAAGAUUAAAGCAACACUGAAGAAUGCUCUCCUACUUUGAUUAGGAUGAAAGGGAAAUGGAGCAUUUCCUUCUUUGUCAUGUUGUUUUCUGAAAGACAGUGUUCCAGAAUGAAACUUCAUUCAGCAUAUAUGCAAUCAACCCAGUAGACGAUGAUCACAUCUGUAACCUUACAUCUUUUUCUUCUUCUACACAUACAUACUUCUUUUUUUCUGCCUUAGGAACACAAGUAAAAGUGAGCUUCUUUCCCUUUCAGAGCCAAGAAAAGUUACUGUGAUUUUAAUCCUAGGAACGCUGAAGAGUACUUUUUGCUUCCAAUUGGCAUCAGAUUGUUAUAGAACAAUUUCUUUCCGAGCAGGAAAUUAUAUCCUUAAACUAAUGUUGGCUACACUUGCAGGCCGAAAGAA